AUGGCGCUGAAGGCGAAGAAGGAAGCUCCUGCCCCUCCUAAAGUCGAAGCCAAAGCAAAGGCCUUAAAGGCCAAGAAGGCAGUGCUGAAAGGCGUCCACAGCCACAAAAAGAAGAUCCGCACAUCCCCCACCUUCCGGCGGCCCAAGACACUACGCCUCCGACGGCAGCCCAAAUACCCUCGGAAGAGCGCCCCCAGGAGAAACAAGCUUGACCACUACGCCAUCAUCAAGUUCCCCCUGACCACGGAGUCAGCCAUGAAGAAGAUAGCAGACAACAACACCCUGGUGUUCAUUGUGGAUGUCAAGGCCAACAAGCACCAGAUCAAACAAGCUGUGAAGAAACUCUAUGACAUUGAUGUGGCCAAAGUCAACACCCUGAUCAGACCUGACGGAGAGAAGAAGGCAUAUGUGUGGCUGGCUCCUGACUAUGAUGCUCUGGACGUUGCCAACAAAAUUGGGAUCAUCUGAACUGAGUCCAGCUGGCUAAUUCUAAAUAU